GUGGAGCGGUCGCCGGAGAUGCCUGAUGGUCUGUACAGAGGAGUGGCUAGCAGCGCGAUGGAGCAGGCCAGGGACCGCUUACACCUGAGACGGACUAGGGAACAGCAUGUACCAGAGGUGGAAGUCCAAGUCAAACGUAGAAGGACAGCCUCACUGAGCAACCAAGAGUGUCAGCUGUACCCAAGGCGAUCUCAGCAGCAGCAAAUACCUGUGGUGGAUUUCCAGGCGGAACUGAGACAGGCAUUCUUAGCUGAGACACCAAGAGGUGGUUAAAGCAGUAUUGGAACAUCCAGGUAGCUGAUUUCCAAGUGAAAAAACAGGUCUUAAGGAUCCUGAAACCUUACUGUGGACAUUGGAUUUGGUGGAACAGCAACCAUGACUGUGGGAAA